AUGGGCGAGCGGAGCUCCCCAGACCCCGAUACAGCGACAUCCGCCAGCGGAUCAACCGACACCACGGUCACUCCCGCUACAGUCACAUCCGAUACAGGCGCUCCCGUGACUGGACCGAUCAGUCACAACAUCAACUCCGGUGCGGGUGUAGCUGCCCCCGCUACAGUCACAUCAACAGCCAGUGUAGACGACACUACGGAUGCUGACGCUAGCAGGGGCGCCGCUGUCUCCGCAACGGAUUCCUCGACGCGCACCACUGCUUCUUCUCCCUCUUCGUCCGCUUCUCUUCCGCCAUCCCCUCCUCCCUCUCGCGACGCGCGUCUGCCUGCCGCGACGGACCAAGACUCCUCCCAUGCCUCUCCUUCGUCACAACCCGCUUCGCCGUCAGAUGUUUCGUCGUCGUUAGCGAGGGCGGGUUCCGACGCAGGAGGAAACGGAAACGACCUCCCUGGCUCGAACCCCCUCCCCCGACCGCCACACCUCACUCCCCACAGCCGCCCCAGGCGUCACCCCACACACCCCCCAGUCUCCGCCCCCCCCUCCGCCCGUGCGCCUGCGGGUUCCCCCCAGGGGGGUCCUCAAGGGGGUGUCUCUGGGGAAGCUCCCUCUUCGCCUGGCGGCGAUGGGGGAGAGACGUCAGAUGCCACGUCAGAUGAAACGUCAGAUGCCACGUCAGAUGAAACGUCAGAUGCCACGUCAGAUGAAACAUAUGACACGUCAGAUGCCACAUUAGACGCCUCGUCAGGUGCCCCCUCCUUGCAGAACCCUCCACACGCCCCUGCCUCUGAUGCCGCCUCCCCCAGCUCGCCCCUGCAGCCCUCCACCUCUGAUGAAUCCCCCCCGGAAGAAGAGCUUGGGGGGCACGCAGGGCAGGCGGGGCAGGUUGGGCAGGGGGGGCACACAGGGCAAGCGGGGGAGAGAGGGGGAGGGCGGGAGGAGGUGCGGUGGUGCUGCGUGGGGCGGGGGGGGUGCGCCUUCUGUGGGGAGGUGGUGCCGGCACUGUCCACUCACAGCCAGCUGUGGUCCUGGUGGGUCUGCUGUGGUCCUGCACCGCAGCAAGCAGGAGUGCAUGUGUGGUGCGUCGCAGUCGGCAAUCCAAGCGGCUUUACAGCUGACCAGUGCUUCAUUGUUCAUGACCGUGCGUUGUACCCAUGCCCCCAUACUCUCAUCCCUGCCCAUGCCAGUGUGCAGCGGCGCAGCAAGCAGGAGUGCAUGGGAGCCAUAGCGGCCUCGCAAACCGAGCUGGUCUCCUUAGACGCGGGGCUGGCGUUCCGAGCCUUCCUGCACGGCCGCAUGAAGGCCCUCAUGAGUGAGCGCCUCGCAUGGGGGGAGGCCUACCCCGCUGUCGCUGUCGUGCGCAGAGAUGUGUGUGAUGCUAGCGAUGCAGGGCGGGGAGAGGCGGGGAGUGAGGGGCUCAAGGGGAGUGAGGGUGGUGCUGGCGUUGGUGGUGUGGGAGGAGAUAGGGAUGGGAGAGAGGGUGCGGUGGGGGAGGGAGGCAGUUUGGCUGUGAACAGCAGCAGUGGCAGUAGCAGUGGUGGUACUGGUAGCACUUCGCUCGGAAACAAAACUGACGCACAGACGGCCCCGGGCACACCACGCGGCACCACCACCAGCACCACCGCCCCCACCUCUCCUCCCCACUCCCCAACCACGCCCCUGCCGUCCAGCAUCCCGGCGGGCCCCUGGCAACAGCUGCACCGCUUCAAGACGUGCCACCCGCUCUACGCCUCCGCCGCCGGCUGGGACCUCCCUGUGCGCUCCCUGCUCGCUCUUGACCUUGAGUCCCAGCUUGGGGGCGCUGGGGGCGCGCAGGGUGCGGGGGGUGGUGGAGGUGGAGGGGGUAAGGGGAGCAGCGGGGGCAGCAGCGGGGGAAGUGGGGGGUUUGGAGGCAAGGGGGACGUGGGAGGAGUGGGUGGGGGAGCGGGUGUAAUGGGAGGGGGCGGAGGGGGAGGAGUGGGGCUAGGAGGCGGGUUUGCAGCGCCACCAUUUGUGGAGGGCGAGCCAGCGGAUGUGACUCUAGUGAAGGCCGUCUUCCCCGAGUCCUGCGCCCCUGGGGGGGACGGCACCCUAGGCCCCACCACCACUGCCCCUGCCACCGGGGGAGGAGAGGGGGGCGGGGGAGGCGGAGGAGGUGGGGAAGGGGAGAGUCUCGGGCGGGGGGACACGGGGCGGGUGUGCAGUGGGUGCGUGUCAGUGAACGGGCGGGGGACAUGUGACGAGGAGGACACGUAUGCGGGCUUCCACGGCGCCUUCCGGUGCCUCAUGGAGCAGGCGGGCGACGUGGCCUUCCUGAGGCUGGACACGCCGCUCUGGUUUGCCCGCGGAGGGCGGUUUCAGCAGGCGUGGUCGCUGCAAGAUCUGGGGGAGUUCCGCGUGCUGUGCCCGCCCAUGGUUGGCGGAUGCUUGGAGGUCACAGAGAACGUGCACGCCAACUGCACGUUCGGCAGUGUACCAGCCAAUGUGGUAAUGACGCGCAACAGCAUAUCGGAGCGCUUCAAGCGGGCCAUAGUGGCACGCCUGGAGCUGGCGGGCACUGUCAAGGCGUGGCGCGAGGCACUAUACGAGGGCCGCAACCCCUUUGACUACAUCCUCUCGGGCAGUGCCAAGGGGCUAGUGCGAGUGGAGUCAUUGACACGGGCAUAUCUGGGCGGCAUGGGCGAGGUGACAGACGACAUUCUGCGGUACAACCGUGACCACGCCCCCCCUCCACACCCCAGCCCCUCUCACAGAUUAUGUGUUUCUGGUUGGCCGAAAGCACUGCUGGCGACACUGCUUGCUGCACUGCUGUUUCUCUGA